UCCUGGAAAAGUCUAGAGAGACAGUGAAUUUAGGCAGUUGGAGCCAUUAGAUCAGAGGUCAGAAAAAGAGUCUCAUUUCUAGCAUUGACCUGCUGCAUGACUUCAAGUAGUAUUACUGUCUUCAUGUGUCUGUUUAAUACUUAAUGUUCUUUUGGCCAUAAAAGGUAUUUCUACAGAUGACUUGUGUAAGAAGUGCUAUAUGACAUCACUUCAGUAAAGCAAGCAGUUAAGUAUCAGAAGACCUUUAGAUAAAUAUGAAAGAAAUAUAGAAUCACUGAGGAUUUCCAGAGCUGAUAACUGUCUGCCCAGGUACAGGACUCCUCUCAUGCCAUGAUGAGUGUGACAAGCUGUGCAUCACUUCAUUUAUUCUGUUUCACUCAGACUGCAGGUGUUCUUUCCAGCCAGUAGAAAGGUGCAAGUGAGACAAGUGCAAUGACCGAAAUGGUGGAGUUGCCAUCAGAGGGGACUUCCCUCAUAAGAGCUGUCUAUCAAAGCCGCCUCCGCCUCACCAGGCUGUUACUAGAGGGUGGUGCCUAUGUCAACGAGAGCAAUGACAGAGGUGAAACCCCUUUAAUGAUUGCUUGUAGGACCAAACAUGUGGACGCCCAGAGUGUCAGCAAGGCAAGGAUGGUUAAAUACCUACUGGAAAACAAGGCUGAUCCGAACAUACAGGACAAAUCUGGAAAGACAGCCCUGAUGCAUGCUUGUUUGGAAAAAGCAGGCCCUGAAGUGGUAUCUCUGCUACUGAAAAGUGGAGCUGACCCAAGCCUGCAAGAUCACUCUGAUUGCUCUGCACUUGUGUAUGCAAUAAAUGCUGAGGACAAAGAGACCCUGAAAGUUCUUCUUAAUGCCUGCAGGGCUCGGGGAAAAGAAGUCAUCAUCAUCACUAUGGACAAGUCCUCAUCUGGAAGGCAGAAAACAAAGCAGUACUUAAACAUGCCUCCUGCAGACCUGGAGGAAUGCCAUUCCCCAACUGCUUGCACUUCACCAUCAGAAAUAGAACUGACUACAUCUCCACUCCCACUUUCAAGUUCAAAAGAAUCUAAAAAAGCACUCUUCAGCUUUAAAGAGCUGGAUCAUCCCCGAAGCGUGGACAACUCAUCUCAGACAGUUCCACUGACAAGAAAAUCCAGCUCAACAAAAGUAGGGUCCAGGCUGGCACAUGUGCAGCGGCUACGGUCUGAGCCUUGGAUAAAGAGCUCUCCCUCACUCUUUCACCAGAAUAAAAUUGCUUCUUUACAGGAACUUCAGGGUAUUACUCCAGAAGUGUGUUUUGAAAUCAAUGGCCUUGCCUAUUCAAAGAGAUUCAUCACUAGGCACCAAAGUAUUGACAUAAAAGACACUGCUCAUUUAUUUAAAACCUUUGAUCAAACUGGACCAGGGAAAUUAUCACAUGACGAGAUAAAAUCUCAAAUUCCUUAUGUUGAAGAGAAACGGAACUCUAGUGGGAUUCCAGUGGGUAAAGAUGCCAGUUUGGGACAAAACAGCUUUGUUUCAAACCUUAGUAGUAUUAUCCAGAAAAGAAAUUUGGGAGCUCAUCACUACAGCUCUGAUUCUCAGUUAACUACUACUCCAAGUCCUGCUGCUGCAGAAGACAGUAAGUCAGUGAUAGGAAAGAAAAAGAUUCUUUCUCCAUCUCAUGCUUUGUUACCAAGUUCUAGAGAAGUACUAGAGAACAUGCCUCCUGUUACUUUGAGCAGGAGAAACCAAGCUUUUCUAGAAAGACAGGGUUCAGGAGCCUUAUUGUUGGAUCAUACUGCUCAGAUAAGACCAGGUUUUCUUCCACCACUGAAUGUGAAUCCUCACCCCCCAAUUCCAGAUAUUACUUUCAUAAACAGGGUUUCUGGGAUGGUUUCUUGUGGACAGAAACACUUAGUACCAGCAGCACCCGCUGUCCCUAAGGAGACCAAAAAUACAAAAAUGCUACAAAGGAGGCAGUCAUUACAGAUGGAGCAGAUUAAGCAAUUAGUGAAUUUUUAACAGGGAAUUAGAGCAUUACAGAAUAUUUAUGAUGUGUACAUAUUCACUGUGCUACCUGAUUGUAAUGAUACAU